GCUACUUACGCAUCUAGCUCCUCGCGCCCCCAAUUUUUUUCUUCUUAACUUAUUACCAGAGGAUUAAUAUUUUAUCACGGGAUUGCUCUGUACUUUAUAUCAUGCUCAGUGGUUCCGAUGCAUCCUCAGUGAAAGUUUAAUCUGCGGCAUAGUCGUCGUCAAGUGAAAGGGUUGCUCGAUCUAUACGGAUAUUUACUACUCUAUAUAAUUCUUGAUUCUGUAAUUCGUUGGAAAUCUCGCUGAGGCUCUACGCUGCUGGUUGCUAAUAUGGGUUGGAUUCAUGAUGUCAAUGCCAAGGUCGCGAAGAGUCCUGUUGGGCGGUGGUUUCAGCUUGAAGGAUCUGGCCAUCCCAAGGAGAGAAAGGGCUCCUAUUUUUUCACAGAGAUACGCGCUGGAGUUGCAGCCUUUUUCGCUAUGGCUUACAUCCUCGCGGUAAACUCUAGCAUCGUAGCGGACACGGGUGGCACAUGUGUCUGCAAUGGUGGACCGGAUGAUCCUAUAUGUAAGGGGAACGAGGAAUAUCUAUUAUGCGCAGCUGAAGUUAAGCGUGACCUUGUCACUGCUACGGCCGCAAUAUCCGCUUUGUCUUCGUUUUGCAUGGGGCUAUUCGCAAAUCUCCCCGUAUCCUUGGCUCCAGGAAUGGGUUUGAAUGCCUAUUUUGCAUAUACCGUGGUCGGGUAUCACGGCACCGGCGUUGUUCCUUACCCGGUGGCUCUCACGGCGAUAUUUGUGGAGGGUUGGGUGUUUUUUGCCCUUGCUCUUUUCGGCCUCCGGCAAUGGCUCGCGCGGGCUAUUCCACGAUCUAUAAAGCUUGCUACGAGCGUUGGUAUCGGCCUCUUCCUAACCCUUAUUGGGUUCACAUAUAGCGAGGGCAUCGGACUUGUCACCGGUGCGCAGUCCACUCCACUCGAACUAGCCGGCUGCCCGUCCGAGCUGGUGGACCCUACCACCGGGCUCUGCCCGGAUAGCGCUAAGAUGCGCAAUCCGAAGAUGUGGAUUGGUAUCUUUUGUGGUGGCGUUUUCACCGUCCUCCUAAUGAUGUAUCGUGUGAAGGGGGCCAUAAUAGCUGGCAUCCUUCUCGUUAGCAUCAUAUCCUGGCCGCGUGGUACCUCUGUUACUUAUUUCCCCUAUACCGUCGUGGGUGACGAUGCAUUCGACUUUUUUAAGCAGGUCGUCGAUUUUCAUAAGAUCAGCAGGACCCUCACUGUUCAGCAGUGGAAUAUCGCCGAGUACGGAGGCCAGUUUGGGCUGGCUUUUAUCACAUUUCUCUAUGUCGAUAUUCUCGAUUGCACCGGAACUUUGUACUCGAUGGCUCGGUUCGCCAAUGUUAUCGACCCCGUGACGGAAGACUUCGAGGGCUCGACAUUGGCGUAUAUGGUAGACGCGAUUAGUAUUUCUAUCGGGUCUCUGCUAGGAAGCCCACCUGUCACUGCGUUUGUCGAGUCUGGAGCGGGUAUUUCCGAGGGUGGACGAACAGGACUUACCUCGAUGACGACAGGAUUAUGCUUCUUCAUCUCUAUAUUCUUUGCGCCAAUAUUUGCCUCGAUCCCGUCAUGGGCGACGGGAUGUGUGCUAGUACUAGUCGGAUCGAUGAUGAUGCAAGCCGUGACUGAGAUAAACUGGAGGUAUAUGGGUGAUGCUGUGCCUGCUUUUGUAACUAUCGCCACAAUGCCGUUUACGUACAGCAUAGCCGACGGGCUUAUUGGCGGCAUCUGCUUGUAUAUUGCACUCAAUACACUGGUUUGGGUUGUCGAGAAACUAUCGGGAGGUCGGCUUGUUCCACCCAAUAAACAAGAAAAGGAUCAUUGGACCUGGCGAGUCCAAGGUGGGAUAUUGCCGCCAUGGAUGGUACGCCUUUACGGGGGCAAAGGGGAAUUUUGGCGCGAUGAACCCCCCGUUACCGAAUCGGCGUCUGACGCGGCGGACGAAGAAGGGACAGUCAAAAUGAACCCAAAGGAUUGCGGGAGAGGUCAACCCGAAGCAGCCUUAGACCAAACCCGGGAGAAAGAUGCGUGAGAGCUCAUGCCUAUGACACAUGGGUUGCCCUCUUUUAGGACCAGGUAUCAUUGGGGUCGUCUGCGGGCUUUCUUGGUAGGAAAUAGACUGCUGUACAUUAGAUGAAGUACCGUAUAGUUGUGGCAUCAACGUCCGCUCCAAAGGGUGAAGCAAAGUGCUUAUCAACCCGGGAUGGCUUAUUAUAGCCUGCGUGGUAUGAUUGAGUAGGACAGAAGUGCCAGGCAAAAUUCAUGUCCUCGCCUUUGUGUCGGGAUGGGUGGCGCG